UUCACAUCCGCGAAUGAUUACGGACGUGGCGUCACAACCGGAAGUGACGUUGGGUUCGUGACCCCGCGCAGCGCGCGAAUCUGGCUUGUGUGGUUUUUCAUUAAGGAAAGGAAGAUGUCCGGUGCAGUGCUGCAGUGUCCUGGAUAUCCUGAAGAUAAACUCCGGACUUUAACAGAAGACCUGACGUGUCGAGAAGUGCAGGCGGGAACCCUACUCAGUCUGAUGGGAGAGCCGGAUCAGUACAGCUAUCCGUCAGUGUUCAUCUACGGCCACCGAGCGACAGGAAAGAGUCACGUCCUCCUCACGCUUCUCACACAGCUGCAGCUCCCGUACGCUGCAGUGAGUUGUGUGGAGUGUGUAUCAGCAGGACUGAUGUUGGAGCAGGUGUUCUCGGCUCUGUUCGGGCCAGAUGCCGCGUCUCUCCUCCCGCGCUCUCCUUCGCUCUCUGACUUUGUGAGGAUCUACAGACAGGCGUGUGUUGAACGUCCUGCUCGACAAACCCGCUACAUCGUCGUGGAAAAGGCGGAGCUGCUCAGGGACAUGGAGGCCAACCUUCUGCCUGCUCUGCUGCGCCUGCAAGAACUGGUGGAUGAUAAUGUGACAGUUUUCCUGCUCAGUGAGAUCGUGUGGGAGAAGUUUCGCCCCAACACCGGCUGCUUCGAACCUCUGCUGCUGCACUUCCCCGAUUACACUAAAGCGGAGCUCCUGCACAUUCUGUCUCGAGACGCUCACCCAUCACACACACCUGAGCUGUACACUUCAUACAUCAACAUCCUGCUCGGGGUUUUCUACUCUGUGUGCAGAGACCUGAGGGAGCUACGCCACCUGGCUGCGUUAAACUUCUGUAAGUUCUGUGAGCCUUUGGAGAAAGGAGAAGCCAGAGAGAGCGACACACACAAGCUGUGGAAGAACAUCGAGCCUCACCUGAAGAAGGCCAUGCAGAGUGUGUACCUGAGAGAGGUGUCCAGUGUUCAGUGGGAGCAGCAGCAGAUGGAUGAGAAGGAAGCCACAGCUCUCAGAGGUUUAUCAGCCCACGCUCAUGUAGAACUGCCUUAUUACUCCAAAUUCCUGCUGAUUGCAGCAUAUCUGGCCUCCUAUAAUCCGGCCAGGACGGACCGACGCUUCUUCCUCAAGCAUCAUGGGAAAAUCAAGAAAACCAAUUUCCUGAAGAAACACGAAAAAACUAGUAACCAUCUGUUGGGGCCGAAGCCGUUUCCUCUGGACAGGUUGUUGGCGAUCUUCUACAGUGUGGUGGACAGUCGCGUGGCUCCGACAGCUAACAUCUUCUCUCAGAUUUCAUCUCUGGUCACACUGCAGCUCCUCACUCAGGUGGGACACGAUGACCAGCUCGACUGUCCUAAGUACAAGUGUGCCGUGUCCCUCGACUUCAUCCUCGCCAUCUCCAGGACGCUCAGCUUUGACAUCGUGAGGUAUCUGUAUGACUUCCUGUGAAGGAAACCGCCGUCCGAUUGGACGGCACGCCCUGGAAUGCCGUGAAUGAGGUGGAGGGGCUUGGACCGUAGGCUCUGCGCUGUGAUUGGCUGAAUCAGGAAAGGUGUACAGUGUAUAAAAUAAAUAAAUAAAUACAGGUAUUAUUUUUGGGUUUGGAGACCAUGUUAAGGUCUGUAAAUCUCAAUACAAGCGCUUAUCCUAGGAUGUUCGUGUAGGAUGUGUUUGUUUAUGGAAGUGGGUGUGGAGUAAAACCCAGCGCUAGCUCGCUACUUUGUAGUUAGAUUUUUACAUUGUCCUGGGUGCUAUAGUGUUUAUAAUGUUUGUAAUAAAUAACUAAAUAAACACUGUGUUUGAAGCUUUAACUUCAUUGAAGCUUUAAA